AUGCAGUUGGCUCUUUUUGUCUUAUUGGGGCUGAUCGCGCAUGCAGAAGCGGCGAGUAACGACUCCGACAUUUCUCUUGUGCAUCGAGGCGAAGCUUUCUGGCUGUGCCGCACGGGGACAAAGGGUGUUUCCUGUGGCAGCCGCAGGGAACCGGCGCUUAAUGACUCAAAAGUAUAUUGCGGCAGUGGCUUUUGCUGUCCAGACACGGAAGAUGUUGUUCCUCAAACUUGCAAGGAGGAGCCAUGCGAAAAGCAAUUUCCCCGGACUCCUGGAGCUUGCAACUGUGAACAGUUUGCACAUAGCUGCACCUCCUCUGAUGGGGCUUCGCAUUGCGUAGAUAUCCCUCUAAGCGGUCGCCUGUCAGGGGCUGCUUGCGUCUGCAAAUCCCCCUACACUGCGGACCAACGCCGUCAGAAGUGUGUGCUGAACGUCUGCGAAGACAAUGCUUGUGGCCCACCAGAAGCUGUCAAGUUUUGCUACCCGUCAAGGGUAGUGACAAGUCCUCCAGGACAGACCAAGUCCGAAGCGACAUGCGUCUGUGCGCCGAAUUUCGUGCUGAAUUCUGCGUUGCAGAAAUGCGUGCCUGCCCCUUAUGACAGGUGUGAUAAGGAGGCCCCAUGCGGCCCUGUUGAGGGGGUCAACACAUGCAGUGAGCAUCCAAUAACUGGCAAGUUCAUAUGCACGUGUCGGUCGGGAUACGUGCUCAACACAAGGGACAACCAGUGCCAGAAGAGGUGCUCAGAGGAGGAGGCAGCUCUUUGUGGCUCGACAGAGGCACACGACGCUGAGUCUUGUUCCAUGGGCAUCGGUGGGAGGGUGUGCGCUUGCAAAGACGGUUAUACGUGGGAUGCGGCACUCCGUCAGUGCGUGGCGUCUGAUUGUUACUUGCCUUCAUGUGGUUGGCCAGAAGGCGUGGCGACCUGUGAAAAAAAGCAAGGGAAGUCGGUUUGUACGUGUGUCGAUGGAUUUCAAAUGAAUGCAUCGGGAGAAUGCUUACCGGAAUGUCCCGCAGGCUGGCGGUACAACAGAAACCGCGAGCUGUGCGAACUUCCCCCGUCUGCAUGCCCACUGACGGAUUGCGGAAGCGAUGAGUCGGUUGAGGCUUGCCUGGUGGACAAAGAUUCCGGUACACAAAUAUGCAAGUGUAAGGCAGGCUACGGUCUCGACACGCGAACGGGGAAGUGUGCUUCACUGACUGCAUGCGAUGAGGACACGUGCCAGCCGUUUGGACCAGAUGCAGUAUGUGUCUCGGACGGCUCCGUGGAACACUCAUGUCAAUGCAUUACUAUGAUGAAGACGGUGGGAAACGAAACGACGCCAGUAGUCAAGGCGUGCGAUCCAGUAGAAUGCCCUGACCCAUCCAUUUGUGGGUACCCGGAGGCGGUUAUGGAGUGUCUAUGGGGUGCUUCAGCCCACCACUGUCUCUGCAAUGGCAUGUACAUGCUGAACGUACACACAGGCAAGUGCGUUCCUAGGGAUAUGCUGAUGAUGUCGACAACUAAAGUGCCUGAAGGGUCUCUCCGAGUUUCUGCGUCCCGCGCCCCAUUGCAUUUUAGAAUCAGUGCUGCCCCAUGCGUUAGGGCAGAGUUCAACACGGCCAGUAGGACUUUCGACGUACAGGCGUAUCAUACAAGUGGAGAAUAUCACACGACUAGACUUACGCUGCCGUAUCACUCAGGGCAUCACACAGGAGUGGCUUUUACAUGUAGGAUAUCUCCGGCCCCCGGGGGGUUCGAUGUUUCUCUGGUUUAUGAAUUACGCCCGAGCAAGCUUAGACAAACCGUGGAGCAAACAUCCUUUCGGGUUUACACUGACCCAGUCACGCGGCAAGCAGUCCGUGAUGCUGCGGGCAGCCUCGAAGGUGCCGUCGCUGCUGUGAAGGUGUCUGCGAAGCAAACCCCUUGCGAGAUUUCAAACGUAGCGGUUGUGGCAAUGUCGCCCGAAGAUGAGGAUCAGGAGCGCUUUGAGAAUCUUAAAAUUUUGCUUAAGAAGUUGCCUACAGCUGACGCAAACGCUCCAUCAACGCCUUCUGGAUUCCCAGAGCUUAACGGUGGCCAGCAGCAGCCAGGUGAAACAGAAGUGGAUAUUAUAGCGUUCCCUUCACCAUCAGAAGACACAGAAGAACCGCCAGAACCCGAAAAAGACACGCCUCUGCAGUUUCCUUCACCUACCGACCCAGUUGUCCCUACUGAAAGUGGCGCUGGAGCCAGUGCACCAUCGACAGGCGAACAAGCCACAGAGCCAGGCAACUCCGGUGGUCCAGGGACAUCGAAUCCCUCAACGGAUGAUUUGUAG